UCUUAAACCAUUCGCCACCGUGUCUUUUGUUCAAUCGGGUCACUCUGUAGAUCGAUCAUGGCGGAGAGAGCUGCUCUUCUGUUCCCUCGCCUCCUCUUGGGGUUCUUCUUCUUCGUCCUCUUUACGUCUUGUGUAUUUGCCUCGGGGAUUCCGUCGAAGUACGAUGGAUUCUACUAUAGCGGUGGCGGAGAGGGUUGGGAGGACGUCAUCGUGGUGGACGCCUUCUUGGAUCCGCUCUGCCCCGACAGCAGAGACUCUUGGCCUACUCUGAAGAAGGUCGUCGAGCUCUACUCCCCGCUCCUCGCUGUUAUCGUCCAUCCCUUUCCCCUCCCAUACCAUAGUAAUUCCUUCCUUGCUUGCCGUGCACUUCAUAUUGCCAACAAGCUUAAUGCUUCAUCAACAUUUCCAUUUCUGGAGCUGUUCUUUAGAUACCAGGAGAAGUACUACAAUGCACCUACCAAAAACAUAACAAGAACUGCUAUGAUAGAGGAUAUGGCUAAUCUUUCCAUUGAGGCAGUUGGGAACUCUUUAUCAGAGUUUCUAUCAGGUUUUGAUGAUCAAGAAACUGACCUUGCUACAAGAAUCUCCUUCAAGUAUGGGUGUUCAAGAGGGGUUUAUGGUGCACCAUUCUUCUUUGUAAAUGGAUUUCUAUUGCCUGAUGCUGGAUCAGCACUUGAUUUCGCGACCUGGAAAAACAUCAUUGACCCACUGUUGGCGAAGCACAAGAAACAGGGAAGCGCACGGCUUCUUUCUUUCCUCAUGUAGAUUAUGUAGUCUGAGUCUCAAAUUUGAUACAAACAGUAGACUGAUUCAACGGUUGUCCCAUUAUGUAUGUGCUGGAUUUGAACUCUUAUAAUAAGUGACCUUUGCCCCAUAAGUAUGAUAAAUAAAAAAAAGUAAGAGAAGUUUUAAAUUUUUAA